GUCCCUUUCAUUUUCCUCCCGCUGUUACCGUGGCGUCCUCUCCCAGCCUCCAUCUCCUGGCGAUCCUCUCGUUCAGCCUCUCUGACAGUUGUGACACUCCCUCCCCGAGGCAGCCAUCAGUUCAGAUGAGCAUCGUACGUGACAGGCCAGCUUUGUCUUUUUAAGCCAUUAGCAGUUCUACUCCUCCCACAUUUGCCAUCAUCCCUCCACCGUUUAUCUUUUCUGCCUCUUCUUUUGGUGUCUGGAUGUGAGCAUCUCUCUGCUGACUGGCAGCCUCUGUAUUAAUCUGCAUAACAAACACAUUCUUUGACCAGAGAAGACUGAAUGAUGCAGCAAGGUUUACAUACAGUGACAAACUACAACAAUGUGGUGGAGGCGGGCUCAGACUCAGACGACGAGGACAAGCUGCACAUCGUGGAGGAGGACAGCAGCCUGGUGGACGGCGCCGACUGCGACAGCACGCUGCCGGACGACGAGCAUCACCCCACCGUGCACAGCUGGGAUCCAGUGAAGGAAGACUGCACUUCGGAUGCUGAGGAUGACUUGAGCACAGACGCCCUGGUGGAGGAGAUGCUCCAGCAAGGAGACACAGCCGUCAUCUACCCAGAGGCCCCAGACGAUGACCCUCAGCGGCAGGACACCCCCGACACCAGCAUCCAUGACGAGAACGGAACCCCUGAUUCGUUCUCGCAGCUGCUCACCUGUCCCCACUGUUCACGGGGCUACAAGCGCUACAGCUCCCUGAAGGAGCACAUCAAGUACCGGCACGAGAAGACCGAAGACAGCUUCAGCUGCCCAGAGUGCAGCUACAGCUUCGCAUACCGCGCUCAGCUGGAGAGGCACAUGACGGUCCACAGGAACGGACGGGACCAGAGGCACAUCACACAGACGGGAGGCAAUCGGAAAUUCAAGUGCACUGAAUGUGGCAAAGCAUUUAAAUACAAGCACCACCUGAAGGAGCACCUACGCAUUCACAGUGGAGAGAAACCCUACGAGUGCUCCAACUGCAAGAAGCGCUUCUCCCACUCAGGCUCAUACAGCUCCCACAUCAGCAGUAAGAAGUGCAUCAGUGUGAUCUCAGUUAACGGCAGGCAGCGCUUGGGGAGCGCAAAGAACCAGAGCCAGGGUCCGCCGGUGCUGCCCACGUCCCCCUCCGUCCUCUGCAGCCAGAUCAGGGAGAAGCUGGAGCACAAGCCCCUGCAGGAGCAGCUGCCCCUCAACCAGAUCAAGACCGAGCCGAUGGACUAUGAAUACAAGCCAACAGUGUUAACGGCGCCCAGCUUGGCUGCCAUGAACGGCGGGGUCUUCAGCGGAGGCGCCACGGCGCCUCUGCAGGGCACGGUGCAGGCGGUGGUCCUCCCCACUGUUGGGCUGGUGUCGCCCAUCAGCAUCAACCUAGCGGAUCUGCAGAAUGCUCUCAAAGUGGCUGUGGAUGGUAAUGUCAUCCGGCAGGUGCUGGAGAACAGUGCCAAAGGCCCGGUGAACUCGGGGUUAACCACUGGAACACUCCACCCCCCCCAGCAGCAACUCAUCUCAGCCAUUAGCCUGCCGAUUGUGGGUCAAGAUGGAAACGCCAAAAUCAUCAUUAACUACAGCCUGGACCCCAACCAGGGCCAGCUCACAGCCCAGAACCUAAAGAAGGAGCCGGGGAUACCAGCUCACUCUGCUGACACCUUCAAGUUUCAGAAGAUCCCUGAGGAUCUCACCGUUAGAGGCCACCGGCCCCCCGAGGCUGCAGAAACAGAGGAAAAGACCACUAAAAGCUGUCUCCUGUGUGACAACUGUCCUGGUGGGCUGGAGGCUCUCCACGCCCUCAAACACUGCAAGAAGGAAGGUCUGUGGCUGAAUGGAGCAGGCCUAGAGAAGUCUGAGUCUGCUGUUGCCAGCUUGCUGUCAGAGGGGGGGCUCUGCAACCAGCCCAAGAACCUCUUGUCCCUGCUCAAGGCCUUCUUCGCCUUAAAUGCAGAACCCAGCAAGGACGAGCUGGCCACGAUCUCUGACUCAGUCAAUCUGCCGGUCCAGGUGGUAAAGAAGUGGUUUGACAAAAUGCAGGAGGGUCAGAUAUCCCUGGGGGCCCCAACACCUCCCUCAGAGGAGGAGGACACCUGUGAAGCCCCCCCUGUGGUGUCGCUGGUCCCAGGAAAGGACAUGACCACUAUAGAUCCUUCUUUGAGUCAGGACAGCCCUACAGAAGCCACUCCAGCAGAAGUCAAUGGCGCUCACAGCUCCCCGGCAUCCCCCUCACCACUCAACCUGACAGCAGGUAGCCCCGCCCAAGCCGACACCCCCCAGAGUACUGAGGGACCCCUGGACUUGUCGCUGCCAAAGCCCGCCAGAGACGAAGUGGAGAGAGUGACGCCUAAAGUCUGCGUUUACCCCUCCGCUUCCUCUGGCCGCACCAAUGAGGAAGAACCCCUGAACUUAACUUGCACAAAAAAAGACGCGUCACCACUCUUGGCCGUGGGAGGCGAUCCCAUCACACUGUACGCCAGCCAGCCAAGUGCCAAACCCCUCGACAUCGUAACCACAAUGCAGUGCCUCCGAGCGCUGGCCACCAAAAACAAACAGACUAUCCUGAUCCCCCAGCUGGCCUACACCUACACCACUACAGCCAACAGCCCUGCAGGGACCGACACGCCCGAAACCAUCCACCUCAAUGGAGUCAAGGAGGAGAGGCCGGACGUGGGCUCAGACGGCAUGUCGGCCAUGGAGGAGCAGAACGACUCCGACUCAGGCCCCGCCAGGAAGAAGAUGAAGAAGACAGACGGCGGCAUGUACGCCUGCGACCUGUGUGACAAGAUCUUCCAGAAGAGCAGCUCGCUGCUGAGACACAAAUACGAACACACAGGGAAGCGACCUCACGAGUGCGGCAUCUGCAGCAAGGCCUUCAAACACAAACACCACCUGAUUGAACACAUGCGGCUCCACUCAGGGGAGAAGCCCUACCAGUGCGACAAGUGUGGGAAGCGCUUCUCGCACUCGGGCUCCUACUCCCAGCACAUGAACCACCGCUACUCCUACUGCAAGAAGGAGACGCAGAGUCACCUGGGUGGGAGGGAGAGCCCUGAGGAGGACGGUGAGGCCCGGGCCGAGGCGGAGGCUCUACAGAGGCAGGACAUGGCCCCAUCCCUGCUGGACUUGGACGAGAGAGGGAGCAGCACCAGAGAGGACGAGGAGAGCGAAGAGGAGGAGGAGGAGGAGGAGACAGAAGGUGCGGUGGACAUGGACGAUAUCCAGGUGGUGCAGAUCGGGGACGAGGGAGGGGACGAGGAGGAGGAGAUGGGGAGAGCUGCGGAGGAGGAAGCAAAAAUGGAGGAGGUAGUCCAGGAGAGCAGUCAGGAAGAGGAGGAAGUCAUCGCGAAGGAAGAGGAAGCAGAAGUGGAAGGAAACGCAGUCAUGGAGGAGAGUAAAGAAUCACUUGGGCUUCCUGAAGAGGAGCAGCAGGACUAAAAUGGAGGAACCAGAUUCCUCCACGGGACACCAUCGGACUCCUCGUCCCCUCCUCUUCCUCACAGAUGAUGUCUGGUCACUCUGACACUUCACUACUGUGUAAAAAACAUAAAAAAAUCCAGGUGUGCCUGAAAAUACUGGUGACUUUUCCACAGGAGGAGCGCUCCUCCCUAUUAGAAGAAUCCAUUUGUAAAGAAAAAACCAAGAGGAAUUUUAACAAAUGAAGGAUGCGCAUUAUACAGACUUUGGAAGCUAGAGCCGACACGUUUUAGAUAAUGUUUUAUUACUAAAACUCCUUGGGUCCUUUCUUUUUAUCAGUGUUACUAAUUUUAUCACUCAUAUUUUAACCUUUAAAGCUGUACAGUUGGGAGAUAUUUCUAUGUUUUUAUCGCCGAUGAACAAAAAAAGAAGUCAGUAUUUUGUUAAGUUGGAAGUACAAUAAGAAGCUCCUGUGCACUACAAGUGGCUUGGUUUACCUUCAGACGGAGUUGUGUUGUCUACCCUUCAGUAUUAUCGACGUUCCCGCUCGCAGCUGUUCGCAUCACGCUUACCUUUUGUGUCGUUCUGGUUGGAUUGUGAGCCUUAAGAAGAAAAAUUUUGUUUUGGUUUUUUUGUACAAGUCAGUGUUAAAUAGGAAUAAAUAUCGGCAGGUGAAUCCACCAAGCAGCACCUCUGAAGACCACUAACUAUCAUUUCAUCUCCCGUUUGUUUAAUCCGAACGGGCUGGCACAUACCCUCCAGUCUGCCACACACCUGCGCAGAUGAAACAAGCGACGGACACUUUCUGAUCCAGGAAGCUUUAAAAUGUUUAGAGGUGGAAAACUGUCCGACCCCCACACCCACCCGCUCCAAGCCUUAUGCAAACCAGAGAAGCAUCGUAUCAGAAGUGCCAUUGAAGAUCACUGAUCAGGUAUCAGAUCGACCAAUACGCCGGAAAACUGUUGCCUCAAGCUGGCCACCACCAAUCAUAGAUUUUUCCAAGAGUUGCUCCUUUUUCUGAUCUGGGGGACUAAUAAUUAGGAUGCAUUUUUCUAGAUAACGCAGACGGAUUAACCCCCACCUGCUUUUACCCGACAGUAUUAUGUUGCUUCCUGCUCUGCUGCAGCGUGGACUGUGUUUUCAUCCGUGGCAGUAUUACCCCCCUCCUGUGUAGUCAUAGAGAACUUUUAUAUUUAUGUGUUAUUUUUUAUAUUUCUUUAUGCUUAUUUAUUACACCAUGUAGUGUACAAUACUGUAGUUUGUAUUAAUGCGAUAAUAUAUUUUAGUAUGGGAAGAAAAAUAGAAUGAACGGCCCACAACUCCGAGCCUGGAAGAAUCCACCUCCGGCUUUCCGGAAGUAUGUUUUUCUUCUGUCACCUGCAUCCAGAACCAGAACCAGAACCUGUGACCUGUCAUGGUGGUUUUCUUCCCCCUCCUCUCUAAUACUAAUCGUACGUCUAAUAGCAUGAGUGUGUGCUGUUUUUAUUGAAGGAUGAUCUUUAACCACACAGACUGUCCUUGUUGCCAAGCCAAAAUAAUAUUUCUGUAUGUUCCUUUUUUUUUUGUUCAUUUGUGCCAAUUUGUUUUUCUUUUCCACAAUUACACUUUUAUAAGCCCCGCCCCCUUUAACACCCUCUUCUUUUUUUUUAUAGUGAUUGUUUUUGUUUUUUAUGACUCCCCAUCUCACAAUAAAACACAUCAGUUACAAUUUG